AUGACAGAGAUGAUGAAAAAACCUGCGUCAGAUGGCGGUAAGGACGUUGGUGAUCACUUCGAGGAGAUCGUAGAGGGAGCCUUUGAUAUGAUAAACAUUGAUGAAGAAAAGAAGGAGUUGAAAGUGGAAAGAGAAAUUGAAGAACGUCUUGCAGAGGUUAUUAAAGAUGCAGCUAACGAAGCCGCAGAUGAAGUAGACGAGGAAACAGAACAAGAAAAAUUAAAGGAGAACCCACAACGGGAUUUGGUGGAGCCUGUUAUUGCAGCGGACAUCUUGGAAAAGAAAGAAUACAAAGUGGCAGUGGAUGAAAUGGAUCGACAACUGAAUCCGGCUGAGGUACAACGCAUUAACGACAAUGCGGCUGUUGAUACCCGACGCCAUGACGACGACCAUGAGAUACCGCCGUUCGUUACAGCUGUCCGUCAGACACAGAUCAAGGAAGUGACGCAACUGGUGGCGUCCAUCCAGCAUAGUCUUCCUGGGCGUAAGAUUUACGUUUACGACCUUGACCUUACCACGGAGCAAAAGAAACAUAUGAUGUCAUACUGCAGUGUGCGCAUGCGCCUGUUUAUGAAGAAACUAUUCCCGACGUAUGUUUCUAAUCUUGACAAUCUUCACUGGAAACCACUUAUUAUACAGACUGCUCUUGCUGAAUUUGGUCACAUCAUUUGGGUCAACCCGAACUUUCGACUGGGAACACAGGAGUUGGCUCCCUUGCUACACGAUUCACACGAAAGAGGAAUCAUGGCGAUAGGACAGACAGCCAGCUAUACAACUUACUCUGCAACGCAUCCGAAAAUGUUGGAGUUUAUUCCAGCUGACAAGAAAAAGUUAUCGUUUCAUCCACAUCUUGAAAUUCGAGCCCUCAUCAUACAUAAUACACCCGAGGUACAUGAGCGUGUAAUGAAGAUGUUCACCGCAUGCGCACUUGAAGAAAACUGUUUGGCGCCACCUGGAUCGAAAUGGCAGUGCAAGUUUGACUUUACUGGAAGAAAACCAGCGGAUUGCCAUAGAUAUGACGAAUCUGCUUUGAAUAUUUUGCUGAAGAAUUGGUUUAACUUUGACCUGUCGCAGUUUUCCAGAGGAAACAAUUAUUUCAGACCGUAUGACAUAAACUAUAAACCAAAGUUAAAAAUAUGCCGUGAUGCAAAUGACAUUCGGGAUAACGAAUUGUAAAUGCUUUUCUUCUGAGUGUUAUGUAAUUUGUUUAUUGAAAUUUUUGAUGCUAGGCACUUCAGUUGUCACAUUUAAACGGACACGUUUGUUGUGUGUUUCCGAAAUUUGUUUACAUCAAUGGAAACGUCUUAACGGCUUUUAAGUCGGAAUUAAUGGCAUUGAUUUAAAAACAUGUUUUUUUCUAUAUUAACAAUUUCGUUGACAGCUA